AUGUCAAAAGGCGGUGAUUAUUCGAGACAGACGACGAAUUUGGAUCCGCUCGAGAACACCGACAAUUUCAAUAUCAUUCAAUUUCUCAGGGAAUCUGAGUGAGUUUCGGGGCCGUGGAAAUUUUUUUGGGUUUUUUUUUUCAAAGACUAUAGGUUAGACUAAUUUAAGUUUAGGUUUAGAAGAAUAGUUUAAGGUCUAGAAAAAACUUAAGUUAAAACCUAAUGCCUAAAUUCAGCCUUAGCUCUUAAUUUGCUUUAGAUUAUACUUUAGGAUAAGGCUUAGAAGUUUAGCUUAAGAUCUAGGUUUAGGAAUCAAUUUUAAGAAACUUUGAAAACUGCUUGGAGAUAGAUUUUAAAGGCUACACCUUAGAUUUAUAAGUUCAACUUAAGAUCUUAGCCUCAAGCUUUAGGUAUAAAUUUAAAAAAAACAUUAAAAUGUAGAUAUUUUAAAUUUUAACUGAAGUUAGGUCUAGAUAGUUAUAGAGUGUAGGCUUAGGCUAAGUUUUAAGCUUAUUCUUAAUUCCAGAAAUUAAUUUCAGGUUAAUCUUAGGCUUAUGAUUUUCACAUAAACCUAAUUCUCAAAGACUUUGGCUGAAAUUAAGCCUAGAUAGUUUCAAAAUCCAAAAAAAUGAAUUAGCCUAACUCCCAUCUCCUGAUUUUUCGCAGAUUCGACACUCCCGAAGACGACGGUUCUCUAGUCAGCCCAACCUCAUCAGCCGGAAGUAUGCAACACGUUCAUCAUCACCCCCAUUCCCACCCACACUCCCAUCAUCUCCUACAAAAUCCACAUCAACAAGGAUAUGUUCAAGGUGUGCCACGUCAACAACGAGCACCCGGGUCACUUCCCGAAUCGCCACCGAUGACUGACAUCUGUGGAAACGCUUCCUCGGCUAGCAGUUCAUCACAUCAUUCGGAUCCGAUGUUCUCGCCAAAUGAAUUCAAUGGAUAUAACACGGCCAAUAAUAAUAAUGGUAUGAUUUUGGGUGUACAUCAAAUGGCACAACAGCAACAGUACGCCCCUCAACAACAACAACAAUGGCCAAAUGCCGUGCGAACGCCGGCCGAGAAUAAACCCUACAUGGAAAAUUUGUAUAAUAUGCUACAAGCCACCAAUGAGGGUGGAUUGGCGAGCCCGAUCAUCGAGGAAACAUCGACAGGAGCUGCGGCGGGAAAUCGGAAGAGAAGCAGGAUGACCGAGACACCUGGCAUUCAAGAUGAGAAUUAUGGGCCGGGAUGUUAUGGUCCGCCGAGUGGACAGCAAGCGAUCAAGUUCAACAAGUUCCAGGAGGAUCAGUGGAACUCGCUGUAUGAUCAGAAUGGCAGGGAACUUCAGCAUAUUCAAGUGCAUGUUGUGGCUGACAAGGGUUUCAAUCACUCGCUCACCGAUGGAUGUUUUGUGAAUCAGAAGAAGAAUCAUUUCCAAGUCUCGGUUCAUCUCGAAGCAUCGGAUAGCAUGCCCCCGAAAUUCAUAUUCUACAAUGGAUCUUUGGUGCCGAUCAGAGACUUUAAAUUGGCAUUCUGUGGUGUUAAAUCAGAGAUGCCUAGCUCGGAGAUCUGCAUCAGACAAUCAAGUGCAGAUCGCAAGCCGCAUCCACACACGCCGGUGGUUUUUGAUAUUCAAGAGCGGCGGGUUACCAAAGUCACUGUGCCUAGGCUACACUUCUCGGAGACAACUCUCAACAAUCAGCGGAAAAACAAUCGGCCCAACCCGGAGCAGAAAUACUUUUUGUUGGUUGUGCGGCUCUACGCGAGUAUCAAUGAUGAUGUGAGUGUUUUGAUCUACUCGUACGCAUCGGAGAAGGUUAUUGUGCGAGCUACGAAUCCGGGAUCCUUCGAGCCUCCAGAUUCGGAUAUCGCUUGGCAACGCAAUGGAAAUACCUUGUUCACCCAUGGCCCGGUGAGUAUUGGAACUGAUCGGCAAGCAGCGAAGCUUACUGUGGAUGGUGACAUCUACACCACUGGCAAGGUUAUUACACCCUCGGAUAUUCGAUUGAAGGAGAAUAUCGUGGAUAAGACAGCGUCGGAUGCUCUCGAGAAUCUGUUGAAGUUGCGAAUCGUUGAUUAUCAAUACAAACCAGAAGUUGCGGAGAAAUGGGGACUCACCGAGGAGCAACGCAAGCGUACCGGGCUCAUCGCGCAGGAGCUUGCCACUGUUCUCCCGGACGCUGUGCGAGAUAUUGGAGAGUAUCUCACUAUUGACGAAUCGCGGGUGUUCUAUGAGACCGUGCUGGCUACAAAAGAGCUUUGUAGACUUACGGGCGAUUUGGAUACCAAGAUUGAUGAGAAGGUUGAGGAGAUUUCAAAGAGGUUGGCCGAGUAUGCGAGGAAGAAGAAGUUGGCGAGUUCGGUUGGCUCGAAUUUGAAUUCGGCUGAUUCGAGGAGUAUUUAUUCGAUGGCAUCAACAGCGACGGGAUAUUCGGAAUCGCGAAAAAAGUAUACCCGAAGAAAAAGAUCAGCCUCCGGAUACACACCAGAACCCUUAUGCUUCUCAUCCCGCUUUACCCAGGGCACAAUUGUUACGCUGAUUGGUGUGAUGGCGGUUUGUUUGUUGGCGAUGAGUGCGUUGUAUGUUUUGGAUUGGCAUAAUCGGAAUUAUGGAUAUCAUCAUCAUCACUACACACAUCAUUCAACUACACCGUCUUCCAAGGGUGAACCCGCAAAUUUGGUCGUCUCGCCUUGUGAGUUUUUUUUUGUAGAGUACUGUAGAAGGUUAUUGUGACGAUCUCUAGAUCUUGAGAUAUUUUGGAAUACUGUAAAACCUAGCUCCCUUCAAUUCAAAAAGUGAUCUACAGUAUUCUGAAAUUCCAAAAAAAAAGUUCCAAAUUUUUAAUCUAGGCUUAUGGGAUAUCAGAAGGUUCCAAAUUUCGAGCAGAUCAAAACUACAGUACCCCAUGCUUAAUUUUGAGCUACAGUAAUCCGAGAAAAGCGAUUUACAGUAACCUGAAAAUUAGGACAAAAAUUAGACGUUCUCAAAAAAGUUCCAAAUUUUUUUUGAUAGAUCAGAGCUACAGUACCCUAGCCUUAUGAGAUAUGAAAAUGUUCCAAAUUUUGUGUAGAUCAAGACUACAGUACCUGUUAGACCUCAAUAAUUUUUUUUCCAGUACGAUUCAUGCCGACCUACCAACCCGACGCACCUCCCCUACUAGCCCACUGCUUCUCGCCGUCCUGUCGAACAUAUUGCUGCGGCGCCGGUGGAAACGAUGAAUCUACCAACGACACUCCGCAUUCCGCCGUCUCCGCCAACAAUGUCACAUCAUCCGGAAUCGGUCGCGCACCGCAAUCCGCGCAUCGUGAAUUCGGAACCGGUGUCGAGAUUCGCAUUCCGCUUCUCAACACAACGCUCGAUCAGCGAUAUUGUAUUGAGAGGAGUUGUAAUAAGAGGCGCGGGAUUUUCAAUUUAUUUGUGCCGGUUUCAAGAUUCAUGCCUGAUGCACCAAUUGAGAUUCAGAUUGAGUAAGUUUACUUCUAAGCUAAGCUUAGAACUUAACCCUAACUUUAUAUUUUCAGCGUUCCAAAACACAAGGUGAUCAACAACUGUGGGCAUAUGUCAGACUUCCAGCACAAGCUCUGCGGUAUGCAAUCAUCGAAGGAAUAUCCGACUUCACAUCAGGUAAGAGGGGGCUUAGGCUUAGCUAUAAUGUCUUAGGCUCAGGCAUAGCUUUAGGCUUAGCCAUAGGCACUACCUACCACAUCUCAACUUCUUCCAGAUCCUCGAAAACACCUUCGAACUAUCCGUCGGCUCCUACAUCCAAUCAGCCUACCGCUUCCGCGUCGGCUACACCCCCGAUUCCUGCUUCACCGGUGACGCGGAAGCCUCCGGAAACUUUGAGGAAUACAAUCUGAUCUUCUACCGCAUGUGCUCGACGAACUCGACGACACAAGCCUCGUCCACAGCCUCACCGAUUUUUGUUUGA